CACGCGCGUCGACCGAGCGUGAAGCAAAGUCCCGUCAUCAUCGCUCGAACUGGCUCGCACUCGUUCCGCUCUCGACAUCCUCUUGCAGCCAAGGACGUCACGAUCGCGACGCUGAAGCUGAGGCCUGUCUUUCUCGCCGGGGCCAAGCAGCCUCGUGCGUGCUAGAGAAAGUCCGUCCUUUGCAAACACCAGCCGUUGCGAUGAGCGGCUUCCAAGGCGGUUUCGGCGCGCCGCCAGCCUCUCUAUGGCAAGAGCACCAUACUCCCGAUGGCCGGGCCUACUACUACAAUGCAGCCACCAAGGUGACGCAGUGGACGAAGCCGGAGGAGUUCAUGAGUCCUUCCGAGAGGGCGCUUGUGAACCAACCCUGGAAGGAAUACACGGCAGAGGGCGGCCGAAAAUACUGGUACAAUACCGAGACGAAGCAGAGUUCGUGGGAUAUGCCUGAUGUCUACCGCAACGCCAUGGCGGGCACCGACAGCCGAGGCUCCUACGCCGCGUCGCCAUCCCAGAGUCAGGCUCCCUCGCAGGGACAAGGGCAGGGUCACCACCGUCAGGGCCACCGCGAUCAAGGACGUGGUGGCCGCGAGUUGCGCGACGCACAGCCUGACAGCCGCCAGCUUUCCCGAUCAUUUGUUCCCGCCGCUGACUCCGGUCCCGAAUAUGCAACCAAGGAAGAGGCCACGACCGCCUUCAUCAAGGCCCUCAAACGCAACGGGGUGCAGGCCGACUGGACAUGGGAUCAUACGCUGGAAACUGUCUCCAAGGACCCACAGUUCAAAGCGAUCAAGAACCCCAGGGCCAGGAAGGAGGCCUUUACCAAGUACUGCCAGGACAUGGUGCUGCAAGAAAGGGAACGCGUUCAGGAGCGUUUCGCCAAGCUCCGUGCCGACUUCGAAACGAUGCUCAAACGACACCCCGACAUCACGCACAACACUCGAUGGGCGACUGCCCGUCCCAUAGUCGAAGGAGAGACCAUUUUCCGCUCAACUGAUGACGAGGACGAGCGCAUCAAGCUUUUUUACGAGUACACUGCCGGCCUUAAAAAAGCUCAUGAGGAACGGCAGCGGGCACAGCGCAAGGCGGCGCUUGACGGCCUUAGGGAUUUGUUCCCCAAGCUCAGCAUCACGGCGUACACCACUUGGGCUGACGGUCGUGACAUCCUCACCGAUGCCACCGAGAGCGAUCCCAAAUAUACGGUUCUCAGUAUGAGCGAGACUAUGGCCAAGUUUCAGGACCACAUCAAGUCUCUUGAACGCUCUUUGAACGAGAAGAAGCAGCUGGAAAAGAAAAUGCGAUUUCGUCGAGAGCGCCGCAACCGGGAUGCUUUCCGGUCCUUGCUUUCCGGUUUGCGUCGUGAGGGUCGGAUCAAGGCUGGUACCAAAUGGCGCGACAUCUACCCGGCUCUCGAGACGGACGAGCGCUACCUCAACAUGCUGAACCAAGAAGGUCCUACACCCGUCAUCAUGUUUUGGGACGUGCUUGCGGAAGAAGAAAGGGCGCUGCGAGGGCCACGUACCGAUGUCCUUGACGUUCUUGAGGACAAGCGAUUUGAGGUCACGGCCAACACGACUCUGGACGAGUUCAUGUCCAUCGUGAAGGAUGACCGCCGCACCGCUCGCAUCGAGACUGCUACUCUCGAGCUGAUUUUUGAACGACUUCAAGAAAAACGGGCUGCUAGGCGCGACGAUGACAGGCAUUCCGACCGUCAUUUGCGCCACGCUGUGGACAGUUUCCGCUCCGCUUUGAAACGCCUCGAGCCUCCUAUUGUACCAGGAGAUACUUAUGAUCAUGUGCGCCCCCGUUUAGCCAAAAUGCCAGAGUUCCAGGCCAUCACUUUUGAAGAGGCUGCCAAGUCUGCUUUUGAGCGGCACAUGCGCCGCCUAAAAGAAAAGGCCGACGAAGAAUCUGGACGGGCUCACCGACGAAGCAGCUUCGUUUCCAGUGAACGGGACGCGCCUCGUCGGGCCAGGGACCGAUCGCGUGGUGAGAGAUCGCAUCGCGGCGGCCGUCCGUCUCGUCGCAGCCGGAGCCCCGAGCAAGACCCUUAUGAAGCAGAUCGGCGACGAGCCAUUGCGGAGCGGGAGCGCAACCAUCGAAAAUCAACGUUGGCGGAGGGUGUGCUCACAGGCGACCGCGGUCGGCUUAGCCCGCCUCCGCGACGUGAUCGAGAGCGUGAACGUGAACGUGAACGUGAGCGAGAAAGGGAUCGUGACCGGGAUAGGGAUCGCGACCGUGACCGAGACCGCGACCGUGAAAGAGAUCGCGAUCACCGCGAGAGAGAUCGCGACUACGACAGAUAUACCCGAUCCCGCCGAAGCGAGGACGGCCACUACACGCGAGAGAGAGACCGCAGAGAGCGGGACGACGAUCGUGAGCGUCCACUUCGACGUCCCCUCGACACACGCUCGGUAGACGAGCUCAACUACGGUGACGAACCUCAGGCUGGUUCUUCAGGCUCUCGACGCCGACGCCCUAACGAUGAGGAGGGGCCUGACCGCAGAGAUUCUAGGGACUCAAAGAGAGUUAAAACUGAGCAGUCGCAAGAGGCCACGCCUCGGCGUGAUGUACGCCAGCGCAACGCAACUCCUUCCGCCGGGGAGGCAAGAGACGCCAGAAGCGGCAGCGAGGAAGGAGAGAUUGAGGAGUAAAUUCGAAUUGCAACGCUAGCAGAUACCAUUCUGUGGCAAGCAACGGACUCUCAUGUGCUGUGUGAGCUGGCAAUGAAUCGUGGGCCUACAGAAUGGCAUAACGUAAUUGUGGGACAGUUACCAAGGGGUUUUGGGUGGCGACUGCUGCCCAAGUGCCAAGCAUGAAGGGGCAGCCAGGCACGAACGUGAGACCUUCAGAGAUAAGAUGGCAUUUGGUUUUUGUCAGAAUUACAUCAUGAAGAGACCAUCAGGUGCAGCAGUGGUGAACGGCCGUCAUGUGAAGGCCUCCACUGAACGAGAGCUACGUGUUAUUGUAGCUACCACGCGAGCGAGAACUGUGGCCG